GCUCAGACGAGAGGAGAGAGUGUGUGUGUGUGGAGAGUGGGAGAGGGGAGCGCGUUUCGCCAUUUUGAAAUAUUAAAAUGAACAUCACCUCUCAAGGUAGUGUUAUGGGAUGUAGUUUUGAAGCAGAGUCAUUACCGGAUUUCGAUGAAUUUGACUCGUACUCUGUUGUGGAUGGCUACCAUCAGGAGUCGUCUAGACGACCCUCUGAGUACAAGAUGGCACCUACGACCACCAUAGAGACAGUCACCAUCACUCGACCACUCAAGGUGAUCGCCUUCAUCUGUGGUCUGAUAGUCAUCGCCCUCAUGCUGAUGGCUCUGGCAUCGACGGACUGGCUGAUGUCUGCUGGAUGGAGGCAAGGGCUCUUCGUACACUGCAUAGCGGACGAUGCCCCUACUCCACUGCCAUUCAAUAUCGCAGACCCUCCUGAUUGUUACCAAGCUAGGCCUGCUGCUUACAUUCGGGUGGCAGCUGCUCUAUGUGUUCUGACAUUAGUGACAGACCUUAUUGCAACUCUGCUGACUGGACUUGGGCUUCGCUCCAAUGAUCACAGGACCAAAUAUAAAUAUUAUCGUGUAGCCGUGUACAUCAUGAUUCUGUCAUUGGUUUCAAUUCUCGUGGCGUUGGUCGUCUAUCCAGUAUGCUUUGCUUCUGAGCUUAAUCAAGGAAACCGCACCGUAUGGGAAUUUGGAUGGGCGUAUGGUGUAGGAUGGGGUGCUGCCAUAUUUUUGUUUGGAGGCGUUGUUCUUCUACUAUGUGACAAAGAAUCAGAAGAAAUUUACUACAAGGAACGGAAGAUUGUGCACCGUGAUGUGGAAGGCUCUGGCGGACGGGCCUAGUGUAUCGCAUCAACACGCCCCUUGCCCCUGCCUGACCUUGUGCUAUGAUGUGACCUCCCACUUUCAUGUCGGCCCAUUAGGCCUAGUCGUGUCUUAGUACUAUCCGGCAGAUGGCUGCUAUGGAGAGAGUCAAAUGUAGCUAGAGACCCACAGCAUCCUUUUAUUUUCUCCUAAUUAUCUUUAAGAUAAAAUACCCAAUCUCUAUUUUCUCUGACCACGAAAAACAAGAUUAUCCUAAAUCUCAUGCUUUGUCUGUGAUAGUGUAACAAAGUCAGAUCAGACGAUUGCUUACUGUAUGGAAUUUUUUAAUUGAAGUACUAUUCAUGCCGCUGUUGGAUGCAUUUCAAUUUUUCAGUAUUUUCUAAUCAACUUCAGUAAAAAGAGCAGAAAAAAUUGUCUCUUUUUGAAGGUUUGGCUAACAACCUACAACUUUAUAAAGCCGUUGUUUUUGUCAAUUACCAAUCAAAACUUCGUGGCUCAACUACUGAGCAUUGCUCACCCCCUCUUGAUAUUUGAGACUGACGCUUUUAGAAUCAAGUCUUCUAGCAUUAAGGAAAGAAGUCACCCUCUCACUGUAGGCAAAUGUGAUACCUUAAAUUGUACUAUAAGUAAUUUUAUGUUUUAAAAUAAAACUAUAAAGAAUGUAAAAAAAUAAGAAAUCUAUUAUUGAACUCUUGUAAAGCCUCUAAAAGAGGUUUCCGUUAAAGAUUGUAAAAUUUGUAUUGCGUGUACAUAAAGCUGUACAAUGAUAAUUAUAGGUAAAAGUGAGAGGUUGAUUACUUUCCUUCUGUGGGUCUCUGCAGACUGUGUCUGUGGCAACAUUUGGUGAUCGAAUGAUUCGCCCCUGUGCCACUGGUCGUCCUACCGUAUGUCUGAAGUCGAAUCUAUUUAUCACUUUUGUACUGCAGAAGUGCUUUUAUGUAAAUAAAAUUUACAACAUCAUGAAAUGGACAAGUUAAGGCAACGUUUAUCAUAAUAACCAACAUAUUUGUCCUCUAGACAUACGGUAUAGGUGUGUCCUUGGAUUGAGUGUGGCAAACUAUCGGCGACAUUUUUAGUAAAGCGGGGAGGCGCGGAGCCGGCAGCGGCAGAGGCGUGUUGAGAACUCUCGCUGGAAGCAGCAAAAUGGACAAUGAAAUCUAAUAUUUCAACAUAUUUAUAAGUGCUAGUGGUGUACAAAGUGUUUUGUCAGAAACGUCUGACUUGAAGUUACUUCAUGCAAGUAAACUGUGGAAUAAUGUAUCUAUAGAUUACAGUGUAAAAUAAGAUUUAUAUAUUUUAACAUUUUUGGUAGUAUAACAAAUUUAAUUGUAUUGAACUUUGGUGGGUUCUGACUGCUCUUUUGAGUACUCCUUCAGCUUCUGAAGUCCACAUCUAUGUGCUGGAGCCAAUACUGAAAUUUCUUUCUGUUUAAUUCUUAUUUCAUACCCUGUAGAGAUGCAGUAUGUGACUAGUGAUUCUAACUUGUGUUUGCUUAAACUUGUCAAUUGCUACAAAUUUCUUUAUUUUCUGACGUGUCUCUGACGAGACUAGAUUUAAUCGUAUCGUCAUUUUAUGAUAUGGGUUCAACUUUUUUAAAAUAUAUAAUGCCUGUUACUAUGCAGCACAGUUCCCAUCAUUAAAAAGGAAAUAGCCCUCUGUAAAUAAAUUCUCUUGUUACAUCAAUUUGUUACAUGGUGGUGAGACCAUGAGUUGUUACUAUUAACUUUUUAUACUCAACAAAACUGUGCAUAUCAAAUGACUGUUGGUAAUUGCUUGCCUUAAAUUAGUACAGGAACCUAAAAUUUAUUUUACACAAUCAUUUCAUAACAUGCACAUAUCCACUCCUUUCUUGCAAUAGUGUUAUUGGGUUCAUUAAUAAUAUUUUACCAAUCUAAAUAUCACAGUGCAAUGAGGGGCAUGCAUCAACUUUUACCAGUUCAAAAAGUCAUUUAAAAACAAUCAAUUAAAGGGAUUUGUUAUAACUAUCAACUCGCCAAUCAAAAUGUUGGGUUUCAGGAAAAGUUCUGUGAAAGUAUCAAUAUGACUUUGAAAAUUUUGUUGCAUGACUACCUUAUUGACCAAAUCAUUCAUGUACUUCAAGUUUUCCUAUAUGAUACAUUUGUGAUAUAAGGUAAGUGUUCCUUAAAAGGAACACUUGUUAUUUUAUAAGCUAUGUGAAUCAUUAAUUGCUGCAAUGAAUUGUAGUGUUGCCUGUUGAAAUUUCUCUCUCAAAAAACGGAAACCAAAAAUCUGUUAUACUUGUUUUAAUUAUUUUAUAUUGGCUGCCGGUCAGCUGGCAAGCUUCACCCCUUUUCUAUAAGACUAAACUUUGCUUGAAAAGUCGUACUUAUAAAGUUGGAAACUGUACUGAGCUCAAAUUAAUACAACUAUAUUCUGGUUUUAGUUGGAAAAAAGUUUCUGGAAGGCACCUUCUAAUACUUAAUCUGUUGCAAGUGGAAUGAAUCAAAUUCACUUAUUUCAUGGACCAUAAAUUUUGCUUCCUUUUGAAAUUUUAUCGCCAGGGUGGUGAUGUUGAUGGAGUAUUGUUUCUUAUUUCUCAAUAUGUUAAUUGUCUCCAGUUUUUUGUUCUCAAAUCUUUGAUUAUGGAGAUCUAUCUUCACACACAAAGUUCUCAGUCUCAUUUGCCUUUUUAAGCUAGUAUAUCUACAGCUCAAAUCAAAAUCAGAUUGUGAUCCUUUCUUUGCAAAGACUGAUUAAUACUUGCGAAAACUUAAAGGUGAAAUGCAGUUUAGUGUCUGCUUGAUGUACUUCAGUGCUGUUUGUACCAAGCUGAAUUUUGCUUAUCACCCUCACCACCCUGUAUGAUUCAAAGGCUGCGAUUGAAAAUAUGAAGUACCUACCAGUGAAGAGAUGAUUUGACGUUUCUAUGUUGUUUGGAUUGUUACCUUUUUAUUAUGAGGUGAGAUGUCAGUUAUACAAUGUUAAUAGCUCCAAAUAUGUUGUUAACCAAAUAUGUUCCAGUACAUGGAUAGAUAUAUUUCUACUCUACUUACAUUGUGACAGCUGUGAUGAUCAUAACAUUUGCAAACAAAAUUGCGGCCUAUAGUGAUCAAGUUUGUCUGUGUAGGAUGUUAUCACAACCCUAUUUAAACAUUUGUUUGAAGUUGCAGUUCAAUUGCAUUUUAAAAUUUGUAUCUGUAUUUUAUGUGUGCAAAGAUGGUGGUUCACAAUUGCUUAAGUCAAAGAUGGAGGGGCAAAAACUGCCACAUCAGAGUAUUAUUUUUGCAGAUAGUUGAUCUCCCUGAUUCUAACCAGAUGAUUCCUGUUUUACUUUCAAAAUGACAUCACCCCUGUUUGCUGGAUAUGUGAAAUACCUUCAUUUCUAUUGUUAUAUGGCAGCUUUGAUCGAACAAAGGAGAGCUUGAUCACAUACUUUUAUUGGUUUUUCAUCCAAACACGAUAAAAAAUAAUUCUUUGGCUUUGUUUGCUUGCUUUACCCACUCCAUUUUGCUGUAUCGAUUUCUAUAUUAUGGUGGUUAAACAUAUUGUUGAUCACAUAAUAAUUUGUAUUUAUACAGUAGGUUGUAAAAAAAAGAAUCGGCCUUUAAAAGAGAUAAGCUUUCUCAGCCUACUCCUUUUAUCACUACUUAAAUUAUAAUUUUGUGCAUUGUCUUUUUAUUUAUACUUGGAGCUCAUGCUAUAUUAUCUUCAGUGAUUUGUUUCUGUGUUACAUACUCAUUUUGUGUUUACUGUGUCUGCAAUUGCAAUUCUAACAACUGUGUUAUGUAUAUUGCAUGCAUCUUUCUGCCAUUUAAGAGUUGUUUUGUUUGUGUAGAAAUGCAGGUUUAUUCUGUACGUAUAUUUUUUGGUCAAUCAUAACUUUAUUUCAUAUGUUCUUCCACGUGUUCUGUCUUCAUGUCUGUCCUAACAUUAUAACAUGCAUUACCGUUUCUUUGGGGACAGCUAUGAUGUCUAGUCACAAUGUUGUAUGAAUGCUGUUAGAUUUGUGUAGGAAAUGGAUCAAAAUAUGCACUCGGCGCAAGCGCAAAUAUGCACAAGCCAACAAUUUUCCAUCUUUGUAAUUGUUGUUUUGUACAUUGAUAUCAAGUUGGCAAAAAGCAUUGGGUUGUAUCUUGUCAGAGGUAACUCCAUUUUUAUACAAAAAAAAAUGAAAAUAAAAGAUGAAAUAAAAGUUUAAAGAGAAGAUU